AUGUCGCACUGGGAUAUGGAUAAGAUGGACAAGUAUGAUCAGUUGGCUUUGUAUAUGGUCAACCACGCUCUCGGUAAGACCCACCUCCAUCACUUGCGAAACCGCCCCUCACCCCCUUACCUCCUCAGCGCCCUUCCACUGCCCCGCAAUCCCCUUGCUUGCAAGAAUCGCCAUGCCUACCCCCGUCUCCUACCGCCGCCUAUCCUCUUUCGAGAAACAACUACUCAUCAUCACCCUAUCGUAGGUGGUCCUUGCGAAGGUGGCGAUGGUUGCAGCGGCACUCAUGAAACCGAUGAGGAUGGCGACGAAUUUUGCUCGGAGGACGAGUCCCGCUUAUACGGUGGGACUUUUGCCGCGAGGCGCCUGGCCUGGAUCUCGUACUGCCACUUUGCUGCACUUCUCACUACGCACGGCAUUUCCAACUGCCGUGUCGUUCUUGAUAAAUCCAUGAGAGGUGUCUUUGAAGGCAAGACAUUAUUCCAGCCGUACCGGGGGUCUGCGAUUAUGGCGUUUGAGAAGGUCCUUGAGGUUUCGGGCGAUAUCUUCUGGGACAACGGAGGUACGUGGUAUGAGGAGCACGGGUAUCCAAAAGGAGAUGAGCAGGUGAAGAAGUGGUUGGAGCACGAAGAAACCAUGAAAGGUGUUGCCGAGAGUGCCGAGUGGGAUGACGAAGUGAAGAAAAGCGCGCUGAGGGCAGCGGAAGUUCUGAGAAGGAUUAGGAAGAAGCACACUUAG